AUGUGGAUUAAUUAUAUUGCAUACACUUUGAUAAGUGUAGUCAAUGUGUAUUGUAUAUCUACAUUUACGACAGUUACAUCCAGUAAAACAGAUAAUGCUGUAUUCAUAUACCCAGGACAAGAAAAAAGUGAACGAGACUUAGGCAUUUGUGAACAACAUAGUGUAUGUAAUAUUGUACACCUUAGGUUUUGGUUUCCAAAUCAAGUGGAACGUUUAUGUAAAUGCCCAAACCGCGAAGAAUGCCCAUGGAAGUGGAGCACAGAUGAUAAUCUUAGUAUGCCAUUAGAUAACCGUUCACAACUAAAGUUUUGUAAACCCAUUAAUGAACUGCCUGACUGUACAAUGAAAUCCGAUAAAUCUAUAACGAUUAUAAAAAGCAGAGAGGAUAACAAUGUUCAAAUAAAAGCCAAAGUCCACUGCAAUUGUCCACAUCACACAACUUGGGCAUUAAUAAAACAUGAACAAAAAGAACAUCAUAAUGAAACUACUGAUAUAAGUUACGUUGAAGAUUUAUUCAAAUGUCAAAAGUUGAAGGAUUGCAAUGCUGGAGAAUUUUGUGGAUUUAUAAGAACUGACUACUACUCUACAUACACUAAAUGCACUUGUCCAUAUGGUCACCUGUGUUUACAUAAAGAUAGACAAGAAAGUACAACAUAUGAAAUGUUAUUUUAUGGAACAUCAUAUAGAGCGGAAUGUACAUUGUUAAGCACUGAAGUCUGA